AUGCUAGCAACCUCAACCAGGCCUGCUGUCGCAGGCCCAAAUGGAAAGGCGACAUACCAUACUGUAACUGCACUGAAAAGGUGGUCAUGCGAUGAUAAAGAGCUACCUGCCGUAUCCGACGUCAAGGCAAUUCACAUCUACGACUUCGACAAUACGUUGUUCGCAAGUCCUCUGCCGAAUAAGCAGCUAUGGAACAGCGCGACCAUAGGCCAGCUGGGAUCACCCGACAUGUUCCUCAACGGAGGCUGGUGGCACGACUCGAGCAUUCUAGCCGCGACGGGCGAAGGCAUUGACAAGGAGGAAUCGCGCGCAUGGCAAGGUUGGUGGAACGAACAGAUCGUCGAACUUGUCGAAUCCUCCAUGGCCCAAAAGGAUGCGCUUAGUGUGCUUCUCACUGGAAGAGGAGAAUCUGACUUCGCUGACCUCGUCAAGCGCAUGGUUCGCAGCAAACGAUUAGACUUUGAUAUGGUCUGUUUGAAGCCUUCGAUAGGCCCUGCAGGUCAGAAAUUUAGGAACACCAUGGAAUUCAAGCAAGAGCUGCUGAAAGACAUUGUCUACACAUACAAGGAUGCAGAGAAGUUGAACAUAUACGAGGACCGCGUGAAGCAUACAAAGGGCUUCCGCGACUUCUUCUUCCAGUUCAACGAGGACUUACUGAGGGCACAAAACCAGGCGUCGCGCCGGCCCAUUACUACUGAAGUCAUUCAGGUCCCAGAGAAUGCCACGCAACUCGACCCGGUCGCCGAGAUCGCCGAAAUACAGAAGCUGAUUAACGCGCACAAUAUACAAGUCAAGUCAGGCACCGCUCCGCCUGGUACACCGCCGUACCAGAUCAAGAAGACUGUCUUCUACACCGGCUACAUGAUUCCUUCUGACGUAACCGACAAGUUGACAUCACUCGUCUCCUUACCCCAGGGUGCUCCGAGGGAUGACAUCCGAUACCUCGCGAACAGCAUACUCAUCACACCGAAACCAUGCCCGAAGAGCAUACUCGAUAAGGUUGGCGGUAUAGGAGCGAGGGUCAGGUGGAAGGUGACGGCCAUCUCCUGCUUUGAGAACAAACUCUGGGCGGCGAGAGUAGAAACUGUGCCCAAAGGAACCAAGUUCUAUUCAGAGAACCCUGUGCCUACGGUAGUCCUGGCUAUUCGUAAGAACGGUCGGCCAGCAGAUGCCGCACGCAUUGUGAACUGGCAUCCCGUAUCCCAGGAUCAGGCAUUCGAGUUCGACAGCGUUGUAGGCGAGAAGCAGAUGCUGCGCAUCGAGGAAGAGACUGCAAACGAGAGCGAGUAUGAGAGUUACUUCCCCAACAAAUCUCAUCGCAGGGAGGACCAGAACGGCCGUCACGACAACUACCGGCAAAACCACGGCCGAGGAGGCAGAGACAGAGAUGACCGACCAGGUGGCUACCGUGGUGGCAACCGAGAUCGUGGCCGUGGUAACAACAGAAAUCCUUCGUACGGUCAAAGAGGAGGUGCUCGUGGUGGUCAUCGGGGAGAUCGGGGCGGCGGCGGUCGGGGACGUGGUCGUGGUGGCGGUGGACAGUAUAGGAGUUUAGAUGAUGUUGACCACGGCUAUGGAAACCGAAGCCAUGACAACAAUCCAGAUGCUUUCUACUAG